GGCCGGAACCAUGGAGGGCGCAGAAGAGAAGAAGAAGGUUCCUGCUGUGCCAGAAACCCUUAAGAAAAAGCGAAGGAAUUUCGCAGAGCUGAAGAUCAAACGCCUGAGAAAGAAGUUUGCCCAAAAGAUGCUUCGAAAGGCAAGAAGAAAGCUUAUCUAUGAAAAAGCGAAGCACUAUCACAAAGAAUAUAGGCAGAUGUACAGGACCGAGAUUCGAAUGGCUAGGAUGGCGAGAAAAGCUGGCAACUUCUAUGUACCUGCGGAACCCAAGUUGGCAUUUGUCAUCAGGAUCCGAGGCAUCAAUGGUGUGAGCCCAAAGGUCCGAAAGGUGCUGCAGCUUCUCCGCCUUCGCCAGAUCUUCAACGGCGCCUUUGUCAAACUCAACAAGGCUUCCAUUAACAUGCUGAGGAUUGUGGAGCCAUACAUCGCAUGGGGGUAUCCAAACCUGAAGUCAGUAAAUGAAUUGAUCUACAAGCGUGGUUAUGGCAAAAUCAACAAAAAGCGAAUUGCCCUGACAGAUAACACAUUAAUUGCGCGAUCUCUUGGUAAAUACGGCAUCAUCUGCAUGGAGGAUUUGAUUCAUGAGAUCUAUACUGUUGGAAAACGUUUCAAAGAAGCAAACAACUUCCUGUGGCCCUUCAAAUUGUCUUCUCCACGAGGUGGAAUGAAGAAGAAGACCACCCACUUUGUGGAGGGGGGAGACGCUGGCAACAGGGAAGACCAGAUCAACAGGCUUAUUAGGAGGAUGAACUAAGGUAUCUACCAUGGGUAUUUUUGUAAUCUGGUCAGUUAAUAAAAUAAACAGCCACUGUUUUCAA